AUGUGGGAGAGUUUCGGAGAUCGACUUGAUCGCAAUCCCCGUCAUCGAUUUACUGAAGAUUUGCUCAAAGCGGGUUUGAAGCAACUUUCUCUUGCUCUUGAUUAUUUACAUACGGAAUGCAAGCUUGUUCAUACAGAUAUUAAGAGUGACAAUAUUCUUAUUGCACUUGAAGAUGAAAUGAUUCUUGAUGAUUUUACUCGAGAUGAGAUAAUGAACCCUUCUCCGCGGAAAUUCUUCAAUGGCAUUCCAGUUUAUGUAUCUAGACGAUUUGGAUUACCAAGAAAAUUUGGUGAUAUUUGGGAUCUGUUCGAGGACAAGCAUAUGUUCUAUGGAAAUGAUACACAUAUCAGGGGAUAUUCUACCCGAGCACAUCUCGCUGAAGUCACUGCUAUGAUAGGUCAGCCUCUAUUGGAUCUCUUGAGGCUUGGUGUAAGGAGCCAUGAAUUCUUCACUGAACAUGAUCUAACCCAUUUUCCUCCAUCCGAUCCUUCGACUCUGUGCUUGUGGUCCCCGGCGUCGAGAUCACAGACCUGUGGGACCUUCGCUCAUACUGGGGACCAACUGGCGGAUGUUCGGACUGAGGAGGCGCUUCCUUUGAAAGAGGGGUGGUUGGAUUAG